CAACACCAUGCUCAUCCUGCCCCUCCUCUGUUUGUUCUUUGCGCAAUGCAGGCAGCAGCAGCCCCUCUGUUUGUUUGUUUGUGGUCAACGCGAUGAAAUCAUAUUCAGCAACAGGGCUCUCUUUUCCCUUUUCCCGCCUCUUAGUCCCGUCCAGGGGCCGCUGGGAAAGUGCACACAGGACUGCAUUUUCCAACGUUCGUUGGAUGCGGAGCCAAGGAAACAAAGACCGUGCUCUAUGACCAUGAUGACCAAUCGGAAGGUAAUGUGGUUUUUUUUUUUCAUGGUUUUUGGUCGUUAGGGCAGAGCUAGUAGUCUAUGAAAGUCUCCCGCAUCGUCAUCUGUUUUCAUUCAUAGCGGAACUCUAAAACCAGGACCACAGUUCCUGUAAUCGUGGUAUAGCCAUGGACCUGUACCGCAAGGGGCCAACUUUUUUCGAAUGUCUCGUAUUUGCGGCAAAGCGCAGAAAGAAAAAAAAGAAUGAAGGCAGACCUGCGGCAAAGAAAGAAAAAGCACGCACGGAAAAUGGGACCCAAAAGUGGAGGAAAGAUAGAUCGACCGAAGGGGAAGAAUUUGGUAAUGGUGCAGGAGCUGCAAGUUUCUUUGCUUUAUUUUUUGUUUUCUUCAUUUUUGUUUGCUCUAAAUAAGAACCCUUUGUUAUUGUGGCCCAAGUGUCAUUGCAC